AUGAGGUCUCUCCUCGGCCUUCUAUUCCUUCUCUUUGUUCAACUCUCUACCGCCCUCAAGUUUGACCUGUCUGCCGUCAGUGGAAAGAAUGAACGCUGUAUCCGCAACUUCGUCUUCAAGGACCAGCUGGUCGUAGUCACUGCCAUUGUCAGCGGCAACAAGGGUGACGGACAAGUGGUCAACAUGCACAUCAAGGAUGCCCUGGGCAAUGAGCACGGUCGUCCCAAGGACAUUGCUGGAGAGACUCGCCAGGCCUUCACUGCCCCUGCCGACACUGCCUUCGAUGUUUGCUUCGACAACCAGCUGACCACUCGCCACGCUAUUCCCAACCCUUACAAGUCGAUCGAGCUCGACGUCGAGAUCGGUGCCGACGCCCGCGACUGGUCCAGCAUCCAGGUUCAGGAGAAGCUCAAGCCCGUCGAGACCGACCUCCGUCGCAUCGAGGAGAUGGUCGCGGAGAUCGUUAGCGAGAUGGAAUACCUGCGCGCCCGUGAGCAGAAGCUGCGCGACACCAACGAGAGCACGAACGAGCGUGUCAAGUGGUUCGCUUUCGGCACUAUGGGCAUGUUGGUUGGGUUGGGCGCUUGGCAGGUGGUCUAUCUGCGGGCCUACUUCCGGUCUGUGAAGGAUCGCGCUCCCUCGACCGCGCCCCAGCACCGAGAGAACGAGAUCAACAAGCCCCACAAUCCCAAUGUCCCCAACACGACCUCCACGAUGACCAAGGACUUCCCCAAGGUGGGCGCCAAGUCUGCGCCGCCGGACCUCGUGGGCGCCGUCGACCCGAACUACAAGCCGGCGGACCCGUACCCCGGCAAGGUUGAGCAUUUCACCGGCGGGCGCGAGGAGACUGGGGCGCAGAAGCCGGAGCUGGGAGUCGGAGAGAUGGAGGGUAUCACCUUCCGGGUUGAGCCUCUCCGCCGCUCGGGAGAGGAUGUAACGACCAUGCGCGCGCGGUUGUUGUAUCAGAGCAGAAAGCGCGGCAUCCUCGAGUCCGACCUACUGCUGUCGACCUUCGCCGACGUCUACCUGGGCAAGAUGGACCAGGCACAGCUGCAGGAAUACGACCGCUUCCUCGACGAGAACGACUGGGACAUCUACUACUGGGCUACGCAGGAUCCCCCGGCCGAUGGCGGCGAGCAGUCCCCUUCCUCCACGGCCCAGGGGGCCCAGGAUACCGUCACCGAGACUUGGAAGCAGACUGGGGCCAAGAGCGGCGAGUGGGCGCAGACCGUGGGCGCCUACAAGGCUGCAUACCGGCCCGUGCCGUCGCGAUGGAAGGAGUCGAAGGUGCUGGAGCUGCUGCGGGCGCAUGUGCGCGACAACAGCGCCACGGGCUUUCAUGCGGCGAAGAGUAAGAAGACGGGGGGUGCUGGGUUGGGUCGCAUGCCUAAUGUGCAGAGUCAAGGACAAUUGCUCCGCCCGCGUUCAUCCCUCUCUCCUCAUCGUCACCCAGACUCCAACAUGGCUGAGCAACUGGUCCUCCGCGGCACCCUCGAGGGUCACAAUGGCUGGGUUACCUCCCUGGCUACCUCCCUGGAGAACCCCAACAUGCUGCUCUCCGCCAGUCGCGACAAGACCCUGAUCAUCUGGAACCUUACUCGCGAUGAGCAGGCCUACGGUUACCCCAAGCGCAGCCUUGAGGGCCACUCUCACAUCGUCUCUGACUGUGUGAUCUCCUCCGACGGUGCCUACGCUCUGUCUUCCUCCUGGGACAAGACCCUCCGCCUGUGGGAGCUCUCCACUGGUGAGACCACCCGCAAGUUCGUCGGCCACACCAACGACGUCCUCUCCGUCUCCUUCUCUGCCGACAACCGUCAGAUUGUCUCCGCUUCCCGUGACCGCUCCAUCAAGCUCUGGAACACCCUCGGUGACUGCAAGUUCACCAUCACCGACAAGGGUCACUCCGAGUGGGUCUCCUGCGUUCGCUUCAGCCCCAACCCCCAGAACCCCGUCAUCGUCUCCGCCGGUUGGGACAAGCUCGUCAAGGUUUGGGAGCUCGCUUCCUGCCGUCUCCAGACCGAUCACAUCGGUCACACCGGUUACAUCAACACCGUUACCAUCUCCCCCGAUGGAUCCCUCUGCGCCUCCGGUGGCAAGGACGGUACCACCAUGCUCUGGGAUCUCAACGAGUCCAAGCACCUCUACUCCCUCCAGGCCGGUGACGAGAUCCACGCCCUCGUCUUCUCCCCCAACCGCUACUGGCUCUGCGCUGCUACCGCCAGCAGCAUCACCAUCUUCGACCUCGAGAAGAAGAGCAAGGUUGACGAGCUCAAGCCCGAGUUCAUCGAGAAGGGCAAGAAGAGCCGCGAGCCCGAGUGCAUCAGCUUGGCCUGGAGCGCUGAUGGCCAGACUCUGUUCGCUGGUUACACUGACAACAAGAUCCGUGCCUGGGGUGUCAUGUCGCGGGCAUAA